GCCCUUGUUCAAAUGUUUGUUUAAUCUAUUAAUAAUGCCUAUUAAUUGUGUGUAUUACACUGUGUAAUAUGGGACAGUUAUACUACAUCUAGAGUAUUGUAUCAAUAGAUAUAAUAAGUUGACGGACACUACUGCCAAACAAAUAAAUACCUGUCCUAUCAUUUCAAUAGUAAUCUCAUUAUUGGUUCGUAAAUAAACUUUUUUUAUGAAUCAGCGAAACAAUAGUCCAAUGAUUGGUUGAGCCAAUCGACAACAGCACAGGUAUUGCCAAUGACUGGCAGUACGUUAGUGUCAGUAUAGAUGACGCGAUCACAUGGAAAGGUAUGUCUAAUAUAGACAUUCAUACGGCGCUUAUUGGAUGGUUAUGCCCCACCUCUUGAGCUCAAAAUUGGAUAAACCUUUGUAUUGAGAGACUGUGUUAUUAACAUUUGAUGCCCUCUAUAGUGUGUUUGUGCAGCACUGGUAGCACUGGUAGCGACUCUAUUGCCGAUGUAGUCAUACAUCGCAUAACAGACAAGAAUAUUGUGUAAAUCAAUUGACACGAGAAAUGAAAUGAAGAGAGACUAUCGUUGACUGACUCAGGCAUGGCUUUGAUGGCAGACAUCGGCUCAAAGUGUACACGACGUAAACAAGCCUAUCCUAAGAGGAAAAACGUUGAAUUGGAGAAUAAGAUGCCCGAAGAUAACGAUUUAGUUCCAGAAGCACAAGAAAAUGUCGAUUCAGCCGAUACUCGAAAUUGUAAUAACGAUAAGUUUAAACAUUCAGUCAAUGUUUCACAUGAUAUACAAGAGUUGGAGUUAAGUGCGAAUGACAAGAGUUUGUCAGUCAAAGCCAACAAAAAGCAUUCAAAUAAUAAAACUAAGAAAUGCCUCAAACAAAGUGAUACCGAUAUGAUCUGUAGUCCACAACAAGUCAGUGCCAAACAUGUUAUUUGCAAUACUAUUAACACAAAUGGAUAUACCAAACGAAAUCAUAUAAAUAGCAAUCUUAAUAACAUUAAUAAUACUCAACAAACUAACACUAAUAAAAGCAAAGACUCAGACGAAGUUGUCAUCAAUGGUCACAAUGAAGACGACACCGAUGAGCAACCAAAUGAUUGUAAACAAGAAGAUAAUACAGAAACUAAAUCAGAAGAAACGAGUGAUAAAAAAGAAAAGACAAUUGAGACCUCAUCGAUGCAAGUGUUAGACAAAACAGAAGACAUAAAGAUUAAAGAAUAUUUGCAACGAAGCGAUACAGCAGUCAUAUAUGCGGAACCGGUCGAUAAAGUGAUGACCAAAAAUAAUUCAAAUAUGACAUGUGUUUUGAAUGAAAAAGUUGAUCAAUCAGUCAAUAAUGGUAUUGAGGAAAAAGAUAAAACUGCUCACAAAGUUAAUGUCAACCGUCAUUUGGAUGACUGUUCGCCAAAUAAAAAUGAGACAACAGCCCCACUUAAUGUUCUGCACGCACGAUGUCCUCACUGCGGAAGAAUAUUUCGUGGCCAGAGAUCAACUCUAUCUCUCGAAGAACACAUAAAUAGUAUCCAUGCGGUUGUGGUUCCGUCAUCCAAAUCAAAUAUGGCUUCAUCGCCAUUGGCGUCACAUUCUUCCGAUGCAAUAGUUAGUCGAACAUUAACCGACAAGAAGUAUGUAUGUACUCAAUGUAAAGCGUCUUUUACACAAAAGGAUCAGUUGGACAAACAUGAAUUGAUUCACUCAUCACAGGGACAGCGCCAUAUGUUAAGCCACGAUGAGAGUCAAGUGCUUCGGAAAUUCAAAUGUCCCGAAUGUUUCAAAGCAUUCAAAUUCAAGCACCACCUCAAAGAGCACAUCCGUAUACAUAGUGGUGAGAAGCCCUUUGCCUGUCCCAACUGUGCCAAGAGAUUCUCACACUCGGGAUCCUAUUCCUCACACAUGACAAGCAAGAAGUGCCUCGUUGUCAACUUGAAAGUUAGAAAAGUGGACCAAAUUCGAGGUCAACGAAACAGAAACAAUCACCACUUGAACACAAAUGGUAAUACCGGUAACAAAGUGAACAAUCUUUUGGCUAAUAUUUCCGACAGUCAGACCAAUUUGAAACCAUUAUCGACAAACUAUAACAAAAAAGUUCAACAAUUUGACGUCUCAUCCAAUCGGAACUCAUCAGUAUUGAAAUCAGAGGCCAAUUUCCAGUCCAUAUGUGUUCCCGAAAGCACUUCUUUAUUUAGUUAUAUACCUAAUAAUUACCCGCCAGGACUUCCUAAUUUACAUCCAAUGUUAUUCUCAACAGCUGCCGGUCUACCUCCGCAUUACUUAUCUUCGGCACUUCACAAUUAUCCCGAAGUGACCACUGCAAUACUCAGGUCACAGAUGAAUAAAUCAAACAAAGAAUUAGAUUUGAUUCGUGAAAAUUACUCAAUUAAUGAUAAAAUCGAUAAGAAUAUCAUAAAAAAUUAUGAUAUGGAAAAGAUAAUACAAAUAGUGGAUCCAUUGACAAUUUCUAAGACUGGUUCUGAGUCUGUAAACGGAUCAUAUGGUGAUACCUGUUCAUCGAAUCCAUCCCCAUUGACAUUCUCGAUGUCAUCACUACCUCCACCACAAAUCACUCCACUUGAUUCACCCGAUCAUCUGAAGAAAUGCAAUUCAUUGUAUUGGAGAUGUCAUUACUGUAAUGAAUACUUCGAUAACAAACAAGAAUUACUGCAACACGAGAGCCAUGUUUGCAAAAGACGGUUAUUACUGAACGACAUGUCAUCAGUCGAUAUAAAUUCAAAUAAUAUUCAAAAUAUCGGUAAUUCAAGUGCUGCUGAAAGUGAUGAUGAAUCACAACGAGACUCAUCUCUUGAAGAAGAAGUGAUGACAACAGACGGUAAGAAAGUGAGAGUUCGGUCAGUUCUUGGCGAACAAACUCUAAGAAUACUGAGAAAACAGUAUGAAUUUAAUCCGAGACCCAAAAAACAUGAUAUUUUGCGUUUGGCUCAAGAAGUCAAUUACUCUCCUCGUGUGGUUCAGGUUUGGUUCCAGAAUAUGAGAGCUCGAGAUAGACGUUUAGGAAAACCAAUACCAUCUAUGACUGCAUCUAAUGAUAUGAAUUCAAACAAUCAAAGAGUAAUAAAAUCAUUUUCGCCGCCAAUCCAUAUGACACAACAUUCCGCGACCGCCAACUCAAUGAUGUCGAUAUCCAUUCCUCAUUAUAAGCCAACAUCUAAUUUAUCAGAAAACAUGUCUUUCCCAUUAUAUGCUUCAGAUGUGAAUGGUUUAUCACCAUAUGGUCAACGAAUUCAUAAUAAUGCAGUUUAUUAUCUUAGUUCUCCCGAUCUUUCAAUAACUCCAUCCAUUAAAUCAAAUGCUAAUAAAUCAUUUGAAAGUUGUUCCGAUGGCUCUGAAGAACCUUUAGAUUUGUCUAUAAAAAGUAAGUCACAUAACGAUGACUAUAAUAGCAAUGAGACUGAAGAAAAAUACAAUGAAUCUGAAGCAUUAAAUUUAAGUAAAAAAUCGUCCAGAAGUCAGACUAAUGAUAAUUCUGACAAUGAGUUAUCCAAUGUGUCGCUGAAUCUCAUUCAACAACAACAACGAAAAGAAGAAUUGGAAAAGUCUUCGAUUGUCCGCUCAAUGCUUUUGAGUAAAUGUCAAACUCAAGAAUCUGAUAUCAAUAUAAUCAGUGAUACAGCGACUCAAUCUCACCACCAGAUAAAAGAUCAAUUGUCACCAUUGGAUUCUAACGAUACUAAAGAUACAGACCAACAACAACUUUCUUCUAAAAGGACACACUCUGACUGUGAAGAUAUUGAACCUAAAAGUGAUUGCAAUAAUGCAAACGAUGAUAAAGUUUCAAUUACUCGAAAAAAUAAACAACUGACGACCACAAAGAGCUGGAAAGAAAAAGAUGAUAACAAUGUGAUUACAAAUGACGAUCAAAGUCCACCACCCGAUCCUAAUUUACAAACAGAAGGAUUAGGACUCUUCAUCUGUGAUCAGUGCGACAAAACAUUUAGUAAACAAAGCUCUUUAGCCCGACAUAAGUACGAACACUCAGGUCAAAGACCACAUAAGUGUGACGUUUGCAGUAAAGCAUUCAAACACAAACAUCACUUGACUGAACACAAGAGACUUCAUAGCGGAGAAAAGCCGUUUCAAUGCAAGAAAUGUCUGAAAAGGUUUUCCCAUUCGGGUUCAUAUUCUCAACAUAUGAACCAUCGGUACUCAUACUGUAAGCCAUACAGAGAAUGAUACCUAUGAUGUACAUCAAGUCCAGUGCCAAAUGAUAAGCAAACAAUCUUUGAAACAAUACGUCCAAUAAGUUAACGCCAAAAGUGAAACAUUAUUUGCAAAAGUCAUUCAUUAUAUGCAUCAUUCAAUUGGUUUUGCAUUGAUUUCACACAAUAAUCAUUGCAACGAUUAUUCAUCAAUUCAUUCAUUUAUUGCUUAUUUAGUACUCAUUCAUCGAAACAAAAAGUUAUUGUCUAUUAUUAAUAUAAAGUUAUAUUAUAUUGAUGUAUAUGUAACUAAUGGCCAAACAAAAAGUCGCAAACUCUUUGAUGUGUUAUAUAGAAACUCAUUGUUAUAUAAGAAUUUUUUUAGUGUAAACCCAUAGGUUUCAAAUCAACGAUAAGUAUUUCUCUCUAUUUUCACAUUAAUUACAUUAUUAUUAUUUCAUAAUUACUAUAAAUCUAUCUCUAUUAU